AUGCGGGGAAGAGUGUUGAAUUGGAUGUCUAAAGGAGGAGAAGGGAAGAAAAAUCAGCAAAACUUAGAUGUCCAAAUAAUUCAAAUGAAUCCUCUAGUUGUGAAAGGAGUAGAUUCACAAUCUCUACCAUCGCAAGCCCUAGAGUCGCAGGCCCUUGCGAAGAAAACCCUAGCAGAGCAAACCCUAGCGUCGCGGGUUGCGGAACCAAUCAUUGCGGAGUGUGUGCUUGAAUUCUCUCCACGUCUGUCCGCAAAAGAGAAAGAAGUCAUUCCAGUAGACCUUCAGGAUGAAGCUCCUUUGUUUGCUAAACGGAGUAUAGAGGAAAGCAUUCCACGAUGUGAUCUUGCGCCAGGGAAUAAUGAGAUCGUCCCUGGCAAAACCUCAAAUAGGUUUUUAGCGCUACAGACUAUAGAAGACCAAGAAGUUAAUCUGGUAGUGGAAUCUGAUGAGGAUGUCAAAAAUGUUUACUCUGAGGAGAAUAACGAUGGCCAGCAGCGAUUAGCCAGCAUUGUUGUUGAAGCAGAAUUGCAAAAUAUGGCGCCUUCAAUGCUGCUAGGAAUGGGAAGAUUUCCAGAUGAUUGA